UGCAACAGUCAGAGCCCGAUCCACAAUCUGCAACGUAUAACACAAACUGUACAUAUAAAAAUAACAGUGAGAACAUGAGUUGUCGAGUCCUUGAAAGUUUGUCCGCAGGUUGUGGAAUCCGUUCAGAGUUGAGGAUGGCUCACCACACCCAUCCAGAUGACGCGGAACGCUUUCUGUUCGUGGACCGGGGCUACGUGUCGAAUCCGGCCUCCCAGGCGGACUGGACGGCUAAGCGGCUGGUAUGGGUGCCCUCAGCUAGGCACGGCUUUGAGGCGGCCAGCGUGCGGGAGGAGCGGCCGGGCGAGGUGGUGGUGGAGCUGGUGGAGGGCAGCCGUCUCCUGACCGUGCCCCGUGACGACUUGCAGCGCAUGAACCCCCCCAAGUUCGCCAAGGUGGAAGACAUGGCUGAACUCACUUGCCUCAAUGAAGCAUCUGUCCUGCACAACCUGAAGGAUCGUUACUACUCUGGCCUUAUUUACACUUACUCAGGCCUGUUCUGUGUCGUGAUCAACCCCUACAAGAAUCUACCCAUCUACACAGAGCAAAUAGUCGAGAUGUACAGGGGCAAGAAGAGGCAUGAAAUGCCUCCUCACAUCUACGCCAUCUCGGAGACCGCCUAUCGAAGCAUGCUGCAAGAUCGAGAAGACCAAUCCAUACUUUGCACGGGGGAGUCUGGUGCGGGAAAGACAGAGAACACCAAAAAGGUUAUCCAGUACCUCGCCCACGUUGCUUCAUCUUUCAAAGGACGUAAAGACCACGCAGCUCCUAGUGUGUCCAUGGCAUACGGUGAACUGGAACGCCAGCUCCUUCAGGCCAACCCCAUCCUGGAAUCCUUUGGCAACGCAAAGACUGUGAAGAACGACAAUUCCUCUCGAUUCGGAAAAUUCAUCCGGAUCAAUUUUGAUGUAACUGGAUACAUUGUGGGGGCAAACAUAGAGACGUACCUUCUGGAGAAAUCUCGUGCCAUUCGACAGGCGAAGGAAGAGAGGACCUUCCACAUCUUCUACCAGCUCUUGGCAGGGGCUGGUGACAACGUCCGGGUGGACCUUCUGCUUGAGCCAUUCAACAGCUACAGGUUCCUGUCCCAUGGACAUCUGCCCAUUCCAGGCCAAGAGGACCGUGACAACUUUCAGGAGACAUUGGAGGCAAUGAGGAUCAUGGGGUUCACACACGACGAGAUCACCUCGAUGCUCCGGAUGGUCUCGGCCGUCCUACAAUUUGGGAAUAUCACCUUCAGGAAGGAGAGGAACACAGACCAGGCAUCUAUGCCCCAGGACACAGCUGCUCAGAAACUUUGCCACCUCCUUGGACUGAAUGUCACUGAGUUCACGAGAGCCAUCCUCUCUCCUCGCAUCAAAGUGGGACGAGACCAUGUACAGAAAGCACAGACCAAGGAACAGGCCGACUUUGCGGUGGAAGCACUGGCCAAGGCCUCUUACGAGCGUCUGUUCCGAUGGCUGGUUCACCGGAUCAACAGAGCUCUGGACAGAACCAAGAGACAGGGCGCCUCGUUCAUCGGCAUCUUGGACAUCGCAGGCUUUGAGAUCUUCCAGCUGAACUCAUUUGAACAACUCUGCAUUAACUACACCAAUGAGAAGCUUCAGCAACUCUUCAACCACACGAUGUUCGUGCUCGAGCAGGAGGAGUACCAGCGGGAGGGCAUCGACUGGGCCUUUGUCGACUUUGGCCUUGACCUACAGCCCUGCAUUGACCUAAUCGAGAGGCCGGCGAACGCUCCGGGAAUUCUGGCACUGUUGGACGAGGAGUGCUGGUUCCCCAAGGCGACGGAUCGGAGUUUUGUGGACAAGUUGAUCCAGGAACAGGGAGCACAUCCUAACUUCCAGAAGGUGCGGCAGCUCAAGGACAAGGCUGACUUCUGUGUGCUCCACUACGCCGGGAAGGUUGACUACAAGGCUGACGAGUGGUUGAUGAAAAACAUGGACCCUCUGAACGACAACGUUGCCUCCCUCCUGCACCUGUCCACUGACCGCUUUGUCGCUGACCUUUGGAAGGACGUGGACCGUAUCGUCGGUUUGGACCAGGUAUCGGGAAUGGCCGAGGUCGCCUUUGGCUCGUCCUACAAGACCAAGAAGGGGAUGUUCCGGACAGUGGGACAGCUCUACAAGGAGUCGCUGUCCAAGCUGAUGGCCACCCUGCGGAACACCAACCCAAACUUCGUACGGUGCAUCAUUCCGAACCACGAGAAGAGGGCUGGUAAGCUGGAACCGCACCUGACACUGGACCAGUUACGGUGUAACGGUGUGCUCGAGGGCAUCCGCAUCUGCCGCCAGGGAUUCCCCAAUCGCAUCGUCUUCCAGGAGUUCCGGCAGAGGUACGAGAUCCUUACUCCCAACGCCAUUCCGAAGGGAUUCAUGGAUGGGAAACAGGCCUGUGAGCUAAUGAUCCGUGCCCUGGAGCUGGACUAUAACUUGUACCGUAUUGGGCAGAGUAAGAUCUUUUUCCGAGCUGGUGUGCUGGCCCACCUCGAGGAAGAGAGAGACUUGAAGAUCACCGACAUCAUCAUUCUCUUCCAGGCCGCUGCCCGAGGAUACCUGGCACGCAAGGCCUUCCUGAGGAGACAGCAGCAGAUGAGUGCACUGAGGGUGCUGCAGAGGAACUGUGCUGCCUACCUCAAACUGCGUCAUUGGCAGUGGUGGCGGCUCUUUACCAAGGUGAAGCCUCUCCUGCAGGUGACCCGCCAGGACGAAGAGCUGCAGGCGAAGGAGGACGAGCUCCUGAGGGUGAAGGAGAAGCAAUUGAAGGUGGAGGCGGAACUGGUGGAGCUUGAGCGCAAACACAAGCAGCUCUUAGAAGAGAAGAACAUUCUGGCUGAGCAGCUGCAGGCGGAGACGGAGCUGUUCGCUGAGGCCGAGGAGAUGCGCGCACGCCUUGCCAGCCGGAAGCAGGAGCUGGAGGAUAUCUUGCACGACCUGGAGUCAAGGGUGGAGGAGGAGGAGGAGCGAAACCAGGAGUUGCAGAAUGAGAGGCGCAAGAUGCAGCUCCACGUCCAGGACAUCGAGGAGCAGCUAGAGGAGGAGGAGGCUGCCCGGCAGAAAUUGCAGCUGGAGAAGGUGACAGCCGAAGGCAAGAUGAAGAAGAUGGAGGAGGACAUUCUGAUGUUGGAGGACCAGAACUCCAAACUGAUGAAGGAAAGGAAGCUGCUGGAUGAGCGUGUGUCCGAUUCUACCUCACAACUGCUCGAAGAGGAGGAGAAAGUGAAGAACCUGUCUAAACUGAAGAGCAAGCACGAGGCUAUCGUCGCUGAUCUGGAAGAUCGUCUGAAGAAGGAGGAGAAGGGUAGACAGGAGCUAGAGAAGGCGAGGAGGAAGCUGGAUGGUGAGUCGGCCGAUCUGCAGGAACAGCUGGCUGAGACACAACAGCAGCUACAGGAGCUGAGGGUGCAAAUCGUCAAGAAGGAGGAGGAACUUCAGACCUCGCUGUCCCGGACGGAUGAGGAGGUUGCACAAAGGAACGGGGCAUUGAAAUCGGUGCGCGAGCUGCAGGCCCAGCUAUCUGAGGUGCAGGAGGACCUGGAGGCUGAGAGGUCCGUGCGCCUCAAAGCUGAGAAGCAGAAGCGGGACUUGAGCGAAGAGCUGGAGGCGCUGAAAACUGAGCUGGAGGACACACUGGACACCACUGCCGCCCAGCAGGAGCUCAGGACAAAGCGAGAACAGGAGGUGUCGGAGCUGAAGCGAGCCCUGGAGGAGGAGGGCCGCACCCACGAGGGGCAGAUCCAGGACAUGAGGACUCGGCAUGCACAGGCUCUGGAGGAGCUCUCUGAGCAGUUGGAAAACGCCAAGAGGGUGAAGGCGACGCUGGAGAAAAACAAGCUGGCAGUGGAGAGCGAGAGGCAGGAGCUGGCGGGCGAGCUGAAGAACCUGCAGGCACUGAGGGCAGACAGCGAGCUGAGGAGGAAGAGGGCCGAGGGGCAGUUACAGGAGGUGCAGGGAAGGCUGCAAGAGAGCGAGCGGGGCCGGGCUGAGCUGAGCGACAGGACCACUCGGCUGCAGGCUGAGUUGGAGGCCACAUCGGCUACUCUGGCUGGUACGGAGUCCAAAGCCAUCAAACUAGCAAAGGAGGUCUCCGGACUGGAGUCACAUCUUCAGGACACUCAGGAGCUGCUGCAGGAGGAGACCCGUCAGAAGCUGGCCCUCAGCUCGCGGGUGAGGCAGCUGGAGGAGGAGAGGAGCUCCCUCCUCGAGCAACUGGAAGAAGAGGACGAAGCCAAGAACAGCCUUUCCCGGCAGCUCAGCGCCAUGCAAACACAGCUGGGCGAGGCGCGUAAGAAGCUGGAGGAGCAGGCGACACUGCAGGAGGGCCUGGACGAAGGCCGCCGGAAGCUGCUGAGGGAGCUGGAAGUGGUCUCACAGCGGCUGGAGGAGCGAAGUGCCGCCUGUGAUAAACACGAGAAGGCCAAGACACGUCUCCAGCAGGAGCUCGACGACCUGACCCUCCACCUGGAUGGACAGAGGCAACUAGUCGCCUCCCUUGAGAAGAAACAGAAGAAAUUUGACCAGCUGCUGGCGGAGGAGAAGGCGGUGUCGUCCCGGCACGCGGAGGAGCGGGACCGAGCGGAGGCAGAGAGCCGGGAGAGGGAGACGCGACUCCUGUCGAUGGGACGGGCCCUGGAAGAGGCACAGGAGGGCCGGGCCGAGGCUGAGAGGAUCAGCAAGCAACUGAGGGCCGAGAUGGAGGAGCUGGUCAGCUCGAAGGACGACGUCGGCAAGAACGUCCACGAGCUGGAGAAGGCAAAGCGGGCCCUCGAUCAACAGGUUGCCGAGCUGCGGCAGCAGUUGGAGGAGCUGGAGGAUGAGGUUCAGGGUGCCGAGGAUGCCAAGCUGCGCCUGGAGGUCAAUAUGCAGGCUGCCAAGGCACAAUACGACCGCAGUCUCCAGUCGCAGGAGGAGCAGCAUGAGGAGGUGAAGAGAGCUCUCCAAAAGCAGAUCCGGGAACUGGAACUGGAGCUGGAGGACGAGAGGAAGCAAAGGGGCGCGUCGUCAACCUCCCGCAAGAAGAUGGAGAUGGAACUAAAAGAGCUGGAGUCACACGUGGACACCGCCAACAAGGGCCGAGAUGAGGCUGUCAAGCAGAUGCGGCGUCUGCAGGCACAGAUGAAGGAACUGCUGAGAGAACUCGAGGAUACUCGGACGUCGCGGGAGGAAAUCCUUUUGCAGUCCAAGGAGAAUGACAAGAAGCUCAGGAGCCUGGAGGCAGAGUUGCUCCACACCCAGGAGGAGUUGGCGGCCUCCGACCGAGCGCGACGUCAGGCUCUGCAGGACCGCGAGGAAUUGGCUGAUGAAAUCGGGAACAAUGUUUCCGGCAAGUCACAGCUCUUUGAGGAGAAGAGGAGGCUGGAGUCUCGGAUCGCGCAGCUCGAAGAGGAGCUGGAGGAGGAGCAGAGUAACAUGGAGCUGAUGAACGACCGUUACCGCAAGAUGACUGUACAGGCGGAGGCGAUGACAGCUGAACUCUCGGCCGAACGGACACAGGCUCAGAAGGCGGAGGGUGCACGUCAGCAGCUCGAACGGCAGAACAAGGAGCUGAGGGCGCGCUUGUCCGAGCUCGAGGGGAGCGUCCGCUCCAAAUACCGCGGCAGUAUGGCAGCAAUGGAGAGCAAAGUGUCGCAGCUCGAGGAGCAGCUCGAGCAGGAGUCCAGGGAGCGUGCGCUGGGAAAUAAGCUGGUCCGGCGGGCGGAGAAGCGAAUGAAGGAGCUUGUUCUGCAGGUGGAAGACGAGAGGCGACGGGCAGACCAGUGCAAGGAGCAGCUGGACAAGUCGGCGGUGCGGGUGAAGCAGCUGAAACGACAGUUGGAGGAGGCAGAGGAGGACUCCUCGAGGGCCCACAGCUCAAGACGCAAGCUGCAGAGGGAGCUGGAGGAUGUGACCGAGACUGCUGAGGCCAUGAACCGGGAGGUCAGCACCCUCAGGAGCAAGCUGAGCAGACUCGAACGACUCCACGGCAAGAGGGGUGCCCACGUGGCCCUCAGCACUCGACUCACCCGCCGUGCCCUGCAACUCGAAGGAUCGCUGGAGAACUCGGAGGAGGAGGAGGGUGAGAGCCGAGACGGCGAGGCCACCAGCGGCCGAGACGGGGAGGCCUCCAGCGGCCGAGACGGGGAGGCCUCAAGCGGCCGAGACGGGGAAGCCGCCAGCGGCCGAGACACCCCCCCAGAACAGGACCCAGCCGGGCCUCAGCCCCAGUCGGCAGGGGAGUGACGGGAGGUGGGGUGGGUAGGUGGGUGGGAGAGCUGAGGCCACCUCUCCUGAGCUCAGUUUGUCUUCCCCAACCCUCCAAGCUGAGAGUGUGCGAAGGAGCUUGCAGGGAGAAAUUCCUCGUCUGGUCUGGGCUUUCAGAAUGCCCCUCACAGAUCUCUCUGACCCCUUUCUCUGUCACAACCCUUCUUUCUCCCCCUUGCCUUGACCCUCAUUCUCUCUCUCUCCCUCUCAAUCCCUCUGCCCCUGCCCCAUUCUCUCAAUGUCCCUUGUUUCGCUCCCUGCAACUCUCUCUACAUCUAAGUAACACAAAAUGCUGGAGGAAGUCAGCAAGUUAGGCAACAUCGAUAGAAAUGAAUAAACAGUCGACAUUUUAGGCUAAAACCUUAUACACACACACCUCCCUCUCUGCUCCCUGUCCUUCUCCCUCUCUGCCUCCUGCCCCUCUCCCCUCUCCCUCUCUGCCCCUGCCCCUCUCCCCCUCCCUCUCUACCCCCGCCCCUCUUCCCUCUCCCCCUCUGCCCCCUGCCCCUCUCCCCUCCCUCUCUGCCCCCUGCCCCUCCCCCCCUCUACCCCCACCCCCUCCCCCCCCUCUACCCCUGCCCCUCUCCCCCCCUCUCUACCCCUGCCCCUCUCCCCAUCCCUCUCUACCCCUGCCCCCUCCCCCCUCCCUCUC